AGCAAGAAAAAGGAGGUGAUUGUUGGGGAGUUAGAGAGAGAGAGUGUUGCUGUAGCAAGGGAAUGUGAGCAAAGGAAAGAAGACACCAGAAAAAUCCUGUCAGAUUUUAAGAUCGUAAGAUAAUAUUUCUGUUCGACUACCGACAAAAUAGCAGAAAUUAUGUUGGGGUUUGGACGUCCUUUCAUCCUUCUCCUCAUCAUCAACUUCCUGGACCUCUCCUUUGUGUCAUCUUCAUCAUCUCAGAACGCCACUCGACCCCGUGGCCACCCUUCCGGAGAGAAUUACGACCAAUAUGAGGACUUCACCACUGAGCCUCCCAGCUCGUCCUCUACCAACUCUGAAUACCCAGAUCUCAAUCCGUGCGAUUAUGAUAUGUGUGUGGAGCAGCAGCACACCUGCCAAGAGCUGAGAGAUGCCACAGGCUGCCUCUGCCCGGGGCUGAGCAAUAUUUUCACUCGCCCGAGUCCACCGCGCCUCUCGUAUCUAACUCAAAAGGGUAGCAAAGAGGUUCUGGUACACUGGUGUGCUCCCACUUCCUUUGUCACUCACUACAUAGUCUGGGUGAGUGGGAAGUCCGUGAAUAAGAAUAUACAUGUGGAGGAGAGAAAGAGGGACGCGGUAAUGGAGGAUGUUGAGGCUGGUGCUCGCAUAUGUGUACAGGCGGUAAAUAAAGGCGGCGUCAGUGCAGAUGACGAUCAAUCUUGUGACACAUUUGAACCCCAAAAUACAGACACCGGACUUGCGCUGAAGCUGGGCAUUAUUGGGGGUGUGGCGGGACUCAUACUGCUGCUGAUUCUGGCUCUGCUGCUUUGGAGACACAAAUCACGGCAGAAAUCCUCAGCGCGGACCAAGACUGAGGGAGUUUUGUAACGUCUGUGUGUGUAUGUUGGCAAAAAAUGGACUUUUACUUAAUCUGGGUAUGAAUGACGGGAGCAGGUGAAUGACUGUGUACUGAUCGCUUGCUGUGAGUGUGCUGGGUGGUGUUUGAAUGACUCGGUGGACAUGAACAGAAAGAGAAGGUGGAGGAAUGACUCAGCACAUUCUUCUCAUUUGCUCGUCAGUGUCUACCAAUGUGGUUUAGGACAGAGACAAAUCGCAUACUGCUGGUGUGCUGACUCCAAUAAUGAGCACCAUUUCAAGCCCACUUCCUGAUCACGAACACAUUUUAAACUUCUGUUUCUUCAUCCUGUAUUUGUUUUCAAAGAAAAAGGGCUGAAUCACAGCGUUUAGGUUUAGGCCUGGAUCAGAUCAAAUGGUUAGUACAUAUUUUAGGUCACUUUCGUAAGAAAGGAGUUUGCUAAGAGAAUGUGUGUGAAUCUUACAAAAUGAAAGAUUUUUGUAUUUUUUGGAAGUUUUGCUUUGUGAUAUAAUAAAAUAUAUAUUCCCAUACAGUA